AAUGGCUGACUCCAGCAGAGGCUAUUCUAGGCACAGCGUGCCAGUGGACAGCCCUGGGACAAACACAGAGGGACAGGGCUGUGUGAAUGGACCAGGGACACAGGAAGAAAAGAAAAGCCUUCAUUACCUAACUUAAUCCAGGGGGGAAAAAAACGCCGCCGGUCCCAGUGAAGGAUUAGCUUCUGUCCAUGCUAAGAUGGGCCUGCCUUCGUUCAUGGUUCUGCCCCUGCUGGUGCUCACCGCAGCAGGGGUGUACUACAUCUACAACCAGGUCAUGCAGUUCAUGUCCAAGUCCUUAGUGAAAAACAAGGUGGUGGUGAUCACUGAUGCUGUGUCCGGGGUGGGAAUUGAGUGUGCCCAUCUCUUUCAUAAAGGUGGUGCCAGACUGGUCCUCUGUGGGAAUACCUGGGAUAAGCUGGAGUCCCUGUAUGACUCUCUGACUAACAACGCUGAUCCCAGAGAGACGUUUGCCCCUAAGCUGGUGAUCCUGGACUUCAGCGACACCGACAGCAUGGAGGACGUGGUGGGGGAGAUGCUGGAGUGUUACGGCUACGUGGACGUGCUGAUCUGCAACAGCAGCAUGAAGCUGAAGGCCCCCGUUCAGAGCGUUUCCCUGGAACUGGACAGAAACAUCAUGGACAUCAAUUACUUUGGCCCAAGCACUCUUGCCAAAGGUGUUCUUCCAUCAAUGAUCUCAAGACGGUCGGGACACAUUUUACUGGUCAACAGUAUCCAGGGGAGACUGGCUGUCCCGUUCAGAAGCUCAUACGCGGCCUCCAAACACGCAGCGCAGGCCUUCUUCGACUGCCUGAGGGCGGAGGUGGAGGAGUACGGGGUCACCGUCAGCACGGUCAGCCACACCUUCAUCAACGUGUCCGAGCCCCCGGCCGCCGCGGAGCCCGCCCCCCCACAGAACGCCCUGCUGGCCUUUCUGGCCAGCCAGCUGACCCAUGGCGUGCGGCCCCCCGUCCUGGCCAAUGAGAUCAUGCAGACGGUGAACAGGAAGAGGAAGGAGGUGGUGCUGGCCCACCCCAUCCCCAGGGUGGCCCUCUACCUCCGCUCCCUCUUCCCCCCCUUCCUCUUCGCUGUGCUGGCGGCAGGAGUGAAGGACUCCGUCCUGGCCGAGCAGAUGCAGUAGAAGAAGAAGAAGAGAACGGAGACGAAUUGUUCCGGAAAGAUCAAAUAUGAAGCAGCAUGUCCUAAAAGCUCCAGCCGGAUUUGAAAUGUCUUAUUUUUAGUUGGUCUAUGAUAUACUCUGGGUUAUUAACUGCUGGGCUGAGACCAGAUUUAAGACCUGCUUGUGGCAGAGGAAACACACCGUGAAUACAAAACCAACCAACAAAUUUGAUUUAGCUGACAAAGUAGCAAUCAGUUGUCUGUAGAUACAUCCUCUUCCUAGAGAGCAAAAUUAGCAUAUUAUUGAGAGGGUUUUAGUUCGCCUUAAUGUGCGUGAGUCAAUUUUUUUUGUCCUUUCCUCCUCACUUUUGGACCCUCUGUCUUCUGUGAUUCUUUAGCAUAUGCUUUUAUUGGCUUUUCUCCCAGUGUGUCUGCUUUUUAUUGAUGUGCAAAAGCAUACAAUUGACCCAGUCUGUGGAGUAAAGAUUGGAUAAUUAAUUUGUUUUAAACUUUUGCAUUCUAAUACGAUUUUAAUACGAUGCUGCAUUUGAACACGUUAGAUCGAAAGAACCCAACAAAACAAGAAGCACUUACCGUACUUAUUGGUUUUGCAUUUGUAGUAUUUAAACAUUAAAAAAAGGGGAAAAAAAAGAUUUAUUAGAUAUUUUGUUGUUUGUACUGACUGUAAUACUUCAGCAUUGCAAAGCACUUUCAAAAUAGAAAUUAAAGGCUGUGUUUGGUAACAGAUCAGCUCCAGUCCUAAAACUGUGAAUCCUGUGUGUUAAAUCUGUGAUGCAGCAGCAGAAAUGAGGAUUAUUGUGGGUUCAGGAGUUGUUGAAGAUAAUUACUGAACAAAUAGCUGUUCACACAGUUGUAAUAAACCUUGAAAAAAACACAUAAAUAAUGAAUAAAUAAAUGUAGUAAAUCCCAGGUCAUAUGUAGUUUGUACUAUUUCAGAUUGCACUUUAUGUCCC